ACCUCGCAAUGACUCGAGGCAAGAAACGGUCGGACAGCCAACAAUUCGAUCGCGUAAUCGAGCAAUCUUACGAUGAGCGGAUUUAUUCGAACAUUCCACUUCCCGACAUUCGUCCUUCUAUUCGCCACAUUCGUCGCGGGUUCAGGGGCGUACGAAGGAAAUGUUGGAAGUCUGUCGUACAGCAGCGCUUCAGCGAACGCGUACAGUUCUUCGGGAACAGCAGGCGCUUUUAUUGGAAACGAGGGGCACAAAGGAAUUCGUAGUUACGAUACCAGUGGCGGUCAUAACCAGCCAAACGGUGGAGGAGGCCACCAAGACGGUGGUUGCAAAUGGUCCAAAUGUAAAUGGGAGAACGAUGAUUAUUGGGAGAAGGACGAGGAAGAAACUGAACCGGAAGAAGAAGAUGAAGACGAGUGCUACGACGGGGACGAUGGACAAUAUAAGGUUCACGAUCACAGGCAGAAAAGCAAAGGAGGAUCGCCUCCUGGCGUGCAGAAAUUAGGCGCGCCUAAUCCUUUCAACGGUCAACAAUCGUACACAGGAAGUGGUGCUCCUUUUGGAACAGUGACACCAAGUGUCAGUGGCCAUUCGCAAACCACAGGUACACACGGAUCACAACAACCGUUCAAUCAGCAACCUGGUUCGAAUCAAAGAUACGAUGGUCCAACACCUGGAACAGGUUCACAUCCUCUCGCGUGGAACUCGGCUCCUGGAAGUUGGUCGAAUGCAGAUGUAUCCACGGAUAAAAAUGGGCCUAAAACAGGUUUUGGAUGCGCAGGCAAUUAUCAACGCGAGACUGGCUGUGCUCAAGGUUCAAGCGGUGCUCCUCCUGUCAAACAAGCUCUAUUACCAUUCCCCGGAAUCGAAGGCGUUCAAAAGGAAAGUUCUCCUGGUUACUUUGGCAGUCCUGCGUCCGGAUGUUCGGGUAGUCCCUACGAAAAAUGUAUCGAUAAGUCUGGAAGUCAACCAACGAGAUACGAUACUUUACCAGAUACAGAACAAGGGCGAUAUCCUGGAUCGCCCCAAAACGUACCUUACGGACCACAAUACUCGGCGAGUAAACCGUCAGAAAGUAAUAGAGAGCCUUACCCAUUGCAAAAUGCAGCUAAUUCUCACGUUGGAACAAGUCUCGAUUCUGGUGCAGGCAGGACGCCAAUAUUCGGUUCCACAGAUUCAUCUCCAAUCGGUUCUAACAGUUCCCCGUUUGGAACUGCGCAAACGUCUGGUUCUCCGAGCGAUAACGCGCCACGUGUAACUCAGAAGCCAGGUUAUAGCAGCGUGAAAGGUUCUUCGGGAUCUAGAACCAAUGCUUCGAAGGAUGGAGAUAGUAAAAUAUUUUAUAUAAACGUGAACCCUGCUUCGGGAAAACCCGAAGGAUACAAACCUUCAAAUGCGGAUGAAAAAACACAACCUUUUUAUCAGUCUAAUUACAGCGCUACUGGAACAACGAAACCUUCUUACCAACCUAAUUCUCACGACAAUGCUCAAACCACGAAACCUUAUCAACCUGCUUCCUAUGAUGGAAAAACGCAACCUUCGUAUCAGCCUGCUUCUAAUUUUGGAACGACAAAACCUAACGUUUAUGGUGGAACAACGAAAUCUUCCUAUCAACCUAGUCCAUAUAGCGGUAUUGGAACAACAAAGCCUUCUUAUCAGCCUGGCCCUUAUAACGAUUUUGGAACGACAAAGCCUGCUUAUCAACCUACUUCAUAUAGUGGAACUGGAACAACGAAACCUUCUUAUCAACCUAGUCCAUAUAGCGGUAUUGGAACAACAAAGCCUGCUUAUCAACCUGCCGUUUAUGAUGGAACAACAAAGCCUUCUUAUCAACCUAAUCCAUAUAGCGGUAUUGGAACAACAAAGCCUUCUUACCAGCCUGGCCCUUAUAGCGAUUUUGGAACGACAAAGCCUGCUUAUCAACCUGCUGUUUAUGGUGGAACAACAAAGCCUUCUUAUCAACCUAGUCCAUAUAGCGGUAUUGGAACAACAAAGCCUUCUUACCAGCCUGGCCCUUAUAGCGAUUUUGGAACGACAAAACCUGCUUACCAACCUGGCGUUUAUGGUGGAACAACGAAGCCUUCCUACGAGCACAAACCUUACAAAGGUCCAGACGAAACGAAAUCUCCAUCGGGUUGUCAGAGCGGAUCUCGAGGUUGUGAAAAUAGGAGCGGAUGUAGCAGUCAGACAAAUGGAAAAUCACCAGAUUCUUGUGGUCAGCCUGGUGUCUCCGUAGAUAUUAGUAAGAUCUCUGGGCCAAUAGUAGGCUCUGACGCGUAUUCAAAUGAUUUUUCUCAAAGCUCUCAAAAAAUUACUCCUGGAACGAGCGGUCAAUUAUUUAACGGAUCUCCUAUUGGAGGUGGUAGUAGUCCGUACAAUUGCGUAAGUGGAACUGAUUGCGUUUCCGGGCCAGGAAGCCCAUCGUAUGUUCCUAAUAAAUUUGAUAAAACAAAUAAGAUUGUGGAAGGAGGAGGAUCGUAUCCAUCAAAUCCAUUUCUAACCGGGAAGAUUCCUAUCCCUGAAAUUGGCGGACCAAUCGUAACAAGUACCAGUAAACCGAUCGGUCAUGGAAAUCCUUUCCUGCAAGGAAACGUUGGUGCCAUCUCAGGAGCUUGGAGUCACUCUAUCGGUGGAGCAGUAGCGCAUCCUAGUGGCGGUAAUAAAAAUGUCGUUUCGAUCGAAGAAGAAUCAACUAGACCAAUAGGCAAAGACAAUCCCUUCCUUCAUGGAUCAGGAUCUGCACGAGGAGAUAUAGGAAUCAAUGACAAAACAACAGGAGAAUCUGAUUCAUUGAUUCCAGCUAUCGAUCGAACUUAUGCUGGACCAGGUCAAACGAGUGGAAGUCCUGUCAGCCAUUAUCCUGGAUUGACCAAUGAUGGAAGCUCAUCAGCCACGAAAAAUCCACCUGGAACAAAUCGCGGCUCUGGAAGCGGAGGAGGUAUUGGAAUCGAUUCGACAGGAUUUGGAAUCCUCCCUGGAUCCUUUGCUAACUCGCAAGCUUCUACUUAUGCCAAUUCCGGCUCUUAUUCUGGCUCUGGAGCACCGUCUUUUGGACAAGCGAACAGUGGAAGUUGGGCUUCUAGCGGAGCGAGUGCAGCUUCCUGGUCCUCCAGCAGUGCUUCCGCUUAUGCGAGUAGCAACGCUGGCAGUUGGUCAGGGGGACAACCAAGUCAUGUGAAAGGAUAAUCGACGAAAAAAGAUAAAUAAUUGCGACAAGUGCUGAAAAUAAAUUUCAAUCAUUCUCACAUUACGAAAAAGAUCCUUUUAUUUUGUCUCAUUUGCACAUUUUUGUCCGUAAUUUAUUUUAGUUUCUCAUUUACGAUACAAUCAUCUUGUAUGAAAAAAGAAAUCGCUGUUUUUUUUUUACAUCUAUAAUCCUACACGCGUCUAUCUUGAUAAUUGAUCCUGCCAAUUGAUUCCUCGAAAUGAUUAAUCACUAUGCUGAGAUUAUUAUCGACGGAUGUUUCGAUAGAUAAUAACUGAUGAAUCGGAUAUACUGUUAUAAACGGAUCUGAUGUAUUAUCGUUAAAAAAAUAAAAAUCAAUAAAAAAUAUUAUACGUCA